UAAAACUGUCACUCACGAUUAACAUCACAAAAAAAUUGACAUGAGUCACAUACAUCCAAAAUUGUUUUGUUAAAAGGUUCCACGCAGUUUAACAUUUGAUAACAUAAAAGCCAAAAUUUUUUGUCUUAAAACGAAGGUUCUUUACAAGAAUUUAGAAAAAUGUCUUAUCCCUAUUCCCAAGAUGUUCCGUACUCAAUGAAAAAAUCAAAUGGUGAACCUAGACAAAGUUCUACAGAUCGAAGAACUUGUAAAUGUUCAUCAUCUCGUUCAAGAAGUAAUGUUGGUGAUUCGAAAGGACGAAGGCAGUCUUCUGAUGCGGAAGACAACGAUUCAUGUCGAUGUUCUCAUUUAUGUCAUCGAACAAGCAGCCGUCAAGGGUGUACGGAUGAGUAUCCGGAAAACGUGUAUGAAAAAUCUGAUUAUGUUUCUAAAGAGGGCAGUAGAAGACUUUCAAGCGAUAUGAAAGACAAAAUUAGCAAUAGUUCGUUGACGGGGUCAUGUCGAUGUUCUCAUUUAUGUUACAGGACAAAAGAUCGCGAAGGAUGCACAUCAGAAGAACAGAAACACGGAAGCAGAAGACCAAGUGGGGAUUUGAAACGACACGAAAGUGGUUCUGGAAGUUCGUGCUCAUGUGUGUCCCACAGAAAGUCAAAACAUAAAGAAUGUACAUGCAGACAUUGUGUCAGCAGAACUACGAAGAGUUGCAGUAGUAUGAGAAAAAGUAGUUCUUCAUUAUCGUCGUGCCAUUGCGAUAAUUACAGCACAUACCAAAGUAAUCGUCAUCCAUAUCCUACUACGACUCCUAAUAACCCAUAUGCUAACAUUCAAUUUACUAACGGUUGCCUAUGCUAUUCAUUAACCACUGAAGUGCCCGUGAAAGGACCCAGAUCUAAUGCCGCAGAUGACUGCUCCUGCAGUAUAAACUCGGCUAAAAGUGACCAUAUGAGUGCAUUCUCACUAGAUUCGACGGAUGCAAAAUAUUUGGAAAAGGUGCGGCAGCUAACUCAGCAAGAUUGCGACCUAAAACAAGAUUUAGAUAAUCUAACCGCCCAAGAAAAAUCUUUAAAAAAGGCAAUAGAACAAAACGGGGGGCGACCAAGUUCAUCACCUCAGGGAACAAAUGGAAACAAACCAGCCAGUAAUAACGCUAGAAUGCUACGCUCUUUAAACAAGGAGUUACAAAGCUUACACGAAACGUUAUGCGAUAGAAUUCAAGAUUUACGUUUAGAACGAGAUCAACUAACACAAAAAAUAGAAGGCCCAUUAAAUAGAGAAUUAGAUAGAAUAAGAAAAAAGUAUGUUCAGGUACAAGCUGAAAUAGCUACAAAGAGUAGUCCUGAUUACGUAGACUCAUCAUCGGAUGAAUUGGAGUUAGUAAAGUCACAAUUAGCACGAACACAAGAGAACAUCGGUGAUAUGGCUUUGGUAAAUGAUGGUAUCAAACAGGAAGUUUUAGUUUUAGAGUAUAAAUGCGGCCAGAUGGAGCAAGCUCUCAUACAACAAAAAAUGAAUGAAAUCGAUGCUAUAAAUAAACUUCAAGAGGGAAGUUUAAAUUGUAGCGCGCAAGGUAGCUCGCAAGAUACAUCUUGUAGUUGUAUUAGAGAUGUUGCAUAGAUAGUCUUUGGUUGGUAUUUGAUUAUGUAAUAUCGUUUCAUUUGAAUAAAUACUGAAUAAAUAUACAAAAAUAA